UCUUAUUCAACCUAUCUUCUUCAACCUAAUUUCAGUUUUCUGGCGGAAAAACUUUGAUACAAUCAGCAAGUUUGCUUGGGAAACGUGAAUAUAAGAUUGAAAUCUCGUUUCCAUUCGUUUCCGGGAUGAAUUCAGUUUCAAACACGUCUCCAUUUUUCUGAAACGUAUUUGACCCAAAAUCAUUCUUAAAAAAACAAACCCAAAGAUUGCUAGAAGAAGAAGAUGUCAUCAAAUUCACCGUGUGCAGCGUGUAAGUUUUUAAGAAGAAAAUGCACGCAGGAGUGUGUUUUCGCACCAUACUUUCCACCAGAUCAGCCACAGCGAUUCGCCAACGUUCACAAGGUGUUCGGUGCCAGUAACGUGGCGAAGCUACUCCAUGAUCUGAACGUGUCACAGAGGGAGGAUGCUGUGAAUUCAUUGGCGUAUGAAGCCGAGGCCCGGUUGCGUGACCCGGUGUAUGGGUGUGUGGGUCUUAUAUCCAUUUUGCAGCAGCGGUUGAAGCAAGUUCAGAGUGACCUAUAUGUUGCUAAGAAAGAUUUAUCUACUUAUAUUGGUCCGACUGCACUUAUGCCUAUGAUUCAAACUGGUUAUGCUAAUUCCUCGAUGCAGCAGCACUAUAAUAUGGGUCCUAUGAUGGGUAUUAAUAUUCCUACAGGGGUUGCUGCAGGCCCAUCUCAUGGUGGCGGCGGUGGUGGUGGUGGUAGUGGUGGUGGUCAGUUAGUUAUCAGAGAUUCCCAGCAACAACAGCAUUUGAUUGAGGCUCAGCAGUUGGCGGCAUUGGCUGUCAGAGAUGAACAGGAGAUGAUGAGGAACUGGGAACAACAGCAGCAACAACAGCAGCAACAACAGUUCAUGAGAUUUAAUGGUAGCGGUGGUGGUGGUGGAUACGACGGAGCAGUGGUUGUUGGUGGUGGUGGGUUUAAUCAGGUGGGAUCCUCAUCAGCUGUUACAUCUCCAUCUUUAGCUCUUGGAGCAGCUACAUUUGAUCCAAACGCGUACAAUCAGAUUCAACAACAACAACAACAACAACAACAACCGCAACAAGAUGAGUCAUUAGGGCAGUUGUUACUUCUUCAGCAGCCAGCAACACCACAGCAACAGCAGGUACAUGGAGAACAUAAUCCGCAGCAUCAACCUCUUCUUCUUCACCAGCAACACCAUCAUCUUGAACAUAAUCCGCAGCAACAACCGCAACGGGCCGGAAGCGAAGAAGAGGAUAGGACUAUUGGCCCAGCUUGUUAGCUAACUAGAGAGAUUAUAAAAAAAAGAGCCCCAAUUUUGGAGUUGUUUUUGGUAUCGAUCAGUAGUUCCUAAAACCUCCAAUGUCUUGAACAAAUUUCACUCCCAAGAUGAGUUGAUGCAUAUGAUUAAAUGCAAUAUUAUAGUAAUGUACAAGCAAGAGAUGACCAAUGACAGUAGAAACAGAGGUGAAAAAAGAGAUCUCAGAGGACAAUAAACUUCUAAAUGUCUGAUUACUACCUUAAUAUUUUAUGUAAGUCCAUAGUUUCCUCUUGUUUGUCUCUUUUUCUUUUUUGUUUUUCUAAAUGGGUCGGUGUUUGGGGGAGAAGCAAUUGGGAUAUGAUGACCUUUCUUCACGAGGAGGUAUAUUCAAGAAUCAAGAUCCAAAUGUAAAGUUGGCAUUCAUAGUUUUUAUUCUCUUUACUAACUAUAAAUAUUGAGUACAGUGUUAUCGAUCCAUCUCCAAUUCUCCAGUGAAAUUACAAUCAUGUUCAACCUAUGGCUAGUAUGCCAAGACGUGUAAUGCCUAAUGAAUUAAUGAGUACUCCUUUUGUCCCUUUUUUAUUGUCCCGUAGUCCGUAGAGCAUAAACUACUUUACUAAUACUUGGGUGUAAAUUGUGCAUACGAGUCUUCUCAAAUUGGAUUACACUCGGAUACACAGGGCUCACUGUGCACCCGUGCAAAACGACAUAGUUUUAAGCAUUAUUUACAUUUUAAGUAAUUGAAAAAAAACAUAAAUAUUUUCUCUCUCUAACUUUCCUCUCCAAAAAAAAAACCUCCAUCCCUUCAAACCCUGACCACCGCCGCCGGCUCGCUGGUGCUAGAACUGAGCUUUAUCUGCUCAAUUAAGGUCGCCGGCGAGCUAGAAUUAGUUUGUUUGGUGUUUUUGUCGUCCUUGCGGAGGAGAAGAAAAGAGGGAAUCAAGCUCCUUCACCAAAUAGAGAGGAAGUUCAGAUAUGGGUUUCAGUCUUGACCGACCUUUUCCAAAUCUUCCCUCGUCAGUAAAGUUAGGGGUGUUGUUGGUUCGUUCGUAUCAGAGGUUAUUGGACUAGAAAUUCAACCUACACUAUUCCGUCUACUUCCUAAUCGCCACCGCAUUAGUCAUCGGUAAAGGUAAGUGUCGCCGGUGUUUUUCGCAGGUAAAGGUAAAGUUUUAGGGGGUAGGGUUUCAAUUUUGGGAUAGAAUAUAUGGGUUUGGGUUGUAUUCUGUGUGUUUGGGAAUUAAAGCUCUGUAUUCUAAAGGUUUUCCUAGACGCCGCUGUCUUGUAUUGUCGGGAAAAUUCCGAUCUUGCCGGUAAAGGUAAAUGUUAGGUUUAGGAUUUAGAUUAAGGUUAUUUAAAUUCCUCUUUUUCAGUAACAUCUUUGGUACGUGUUUCGGUGGUAAUUGUGGCUUGAUUCCCACUCUCUCCCUGUUUGUGGUCUAGCUGUUUAGUGAUGUUUAAUUUAGUUAGCUUUAAUGUGUUAGUUUGUGUUUGGUUGAAAAUGGCUUUAUCUAUAUAUUGUUAUAUUCACCUA